AUGGCAUCAGUCAAGUCCCUGGGGCUGCAUCAGCCUAGCGGCCUACGCCAUACAGCACACGAAGAUGCCUCGCCAUCAACGUAUUCCUGGGAGAUUACUACCGAUCCCGACCAUGACGAGUAUGAAGAUGGAGGCGAGGUGGAGGACGAGCUUCUAGUUACCAAGGACUGCGUCGUUUGGAGUCGUGGUGGUGUCUUUCGAAAGUCGUUCAAGUUCGACCUUGAAAAAGAACCCGUUACACAAGCCCUGCUCGCCUCCUUUCCCACCUCCGGCCACGACGCGAAGAAGGAUGGGAAGAAAGCUUCAUCGAUCAAGUCAAACGAACCUCGACGUCUAUCACGGGCGUUGGUCGUCUUCCUACGCACACAAGCCCACGUUUACUUCCUCUCCGGCACGAGCCAUGUCGUCCAUAUGCCCUUCGAAGUCGAGGCCGCCUGCGCCGCACCACAGGGUGUCAUUAUUCAGCGUAAACAACGAAGCGACAAUACUGCUCCUGUUUCCCUCAAGUUUCCGAAAGUACCGCCCAACUCGUUCGUCUCCUCGCAAAUCACCCUUACCUCCCCGCGAAGCUCGCAACAUACCGUCUUCUCUGUUGAAGGACUUAAUAAGCCCAAGUCUCUACCUCUGAGACUGAGCUCGACGUUGGGAAACAUGUGGGAGACACCCUUAGAACAGCCGGAAUCUCAUUGGCCUCGUUUGGUGUCUCUGAUGGACCCGUUACAAGAGCUGGGACUCGUCGUUACUCGACCAGAAGCUGCAACCCGGGAGAAGAGGAGAAGAAGCACUCCGAAAUCGCCAUAUUUCCUCGAUCCUGCCGAGGAGAUUCUCCAUGUAGAGGAAAUCAAGCACCCGGGUGCUCCCAAGACCAAGAACUCGGAACCUCUUAUACUCGCCGUCACGAUCAACCGCGAGGCUAGCACAUACGGUGUGUGGAGGAUGACAUAUAUCAAGAACGAAGACCCAUUCAUCGGCCGUCUUAAGAAGGACAAGAGCAGAGCUGAGCGUCGUCGAAGCUCCAUGCAGCCUAAUUUCGCCAGUGGUGCUUCGACACCAGUUCAGACCAACUUCCGUGAAAGCUUCGGUGCCCCCCUUCCCGGAAAGCGAUCUAGGAAGAGCGAGAAGGUGGAAAAGCUGGACAAGGUCGAGAAGCCAUUAGACUUGGUUUCCUCUCUCGACCUAGAGAAGGAAUCUGGUGCAAACAGGAGGCAGUCUCGGCGAGUGAGUUCCAUGUUGGCACGUGCCGACCUUUCUGCUUCUCAAGAACGGUCUGUCUUUGCCGAGCAGCCAAUAAACCCAUCGCUUGGAGGAUCCAAGGGUAGCCAGGGACCUAGACAUAGUGGUGGCUAUGGUUCUUUCAACUAUAACCAGACGAUUCACCCUAGCUUGGGUAGUCUGCUAGAGGCCCCUAUUGACGGUGUCUUGGAAGAACUCCGCGCCGGAGGGGACUUUGAAGGUUUCCAUACCAUGGGAUUAGACGAUCAUGUCUUUGAUGGACUUACUCAGGAGGUCAUGUUCACCAAGAUUCAGACCAUUUCUCUCGACAACACAAACGUGCGGUAUUCGCUUUCCAAACAACCGGCCCGAGACCACUGCAAGGUGUUCAUCUUGACCGCACCGCAGUUCGCAGUGGAUGAUCCUCUGCGUGGCGAGCUCCUUAUUGGCAUUCAAGACUCUCUCGAUAAUAGACUCCAGCUGUUGACAAUCGACUUGCAACGAGGGGCCAGGUUCCUUGUGCCGCCAAAACCUGGCAAAACCACUACUUCCUCGGAAGACCCUGUGAGGUUGUCCUGUGGCGCUCUUCGUCGAGCACACCACGUGGUCGACUCUUGCAAGAUAACAGAUGGUGAUAUCUCGGUCAUUCUCAUUCUCUCUGAAGGCCAUGAAGGACGCAGAGAAUUAAGCAUCCAGGCUCCAUGGAGUCAGAUCACACCUAUAAACCUACCACUCAUGUCCUUGGAGAAUGUCAGAAGUAUGCAUUAUCGUGGCCGCGUGGUUGAUCGAGAUGUCCGCCACCGGAAAUCGGAGGCCAUCGAAGUAGCUAAUGGCAACGUAAGCGGCCUUCGCUAUUCCAAGGCAAAAGGAAUGGUCGACAUGGUUGACGGGGAAGGGCGACAUCAUCAGAUCCAGAUCCAGCUUCAACCCCACAAUCCCCUUGUACGGAAGAUUUUAGAUACGUGUCGUAGCAUCCUUCCGGGGUCACAUGCUGAGAAGAUGUUUCCCGGCUGGUGGCAUGUCAUGAUUUGGUUGAGAUGCGAAGAUUUCGAGGUUGCAGAUGUGGAGUGGUCCGCACUGGUUAUCCAGCUACUUGCGAUUUACCUGGCCCUAGGGAAGGCUGAUGGCAAGCAAACAUCCCCAUCAAAGCGUUCCGGAAGUAAGCGGCGACAACAGUCGGGGUCUUUCGGGUCGAUUCAGAGCCUUGAGGACUGGAACACUUUGCAAUUAUACGAAACACCCAACGCAUUGGGGUGCCCAGCCUGGCAGCAAACUCGUGGCUGGGACUGGACCCUUGAUGAGGACCUUGAAGACGGUCGAGACAGCCCACCCAAUUCUAGUCUUAGGGACUCCAAGUUCAUGUCUACCCACAUCCAGUAUGCCAGAGCCUACCUCGCAUCGCCGCUUGGAGAGAAGGCCAUCGGUUCCGGCGGCUACCUUCCAACGGGCAUGCAACGGAGUGCCGAGAACCGCGGCAACGCUGCCUGGAACAUAUUUGUAGCUCUUCAUCUGCUCCUCGAGGAACAAAAACUAGAGAUAAUGACGCCUGAAUAUGCCUCUCCCGGAACGGCACAGUUGAGGGUAGCCAUGUGCCAGAUUGCUCGCUGGCUGCAAUGGCAUGACUUUGUCGCCAUGUACGAACUAGGCAUCCAGGAAGAGCUGGAGCCUCGUUACGAUUCCGAACUUCGCCUCGAAGUCCCCCUCACCCAGCCGUCUGGUGUCGAUUUUGACAUCUUUCACUGGAUACAGACAUGCUUUUCCACCGGUCAAUAUCACCCGUUCCUCACACUAGCCAACCUUUACCACUCGCAGACCAUGAAGAGCGAGCAGGAUUAUCUCAAAGACUCAAGAUGGGCUGCUAUAACCCCCAGAACACUCAUGUUCAAGCGUCUUUUCGAAAAGCUCACCCCCAAGAGCAACUCAGUCAGCAUCGUUGAGGCUAUGCAUUCAGCAGGCAUCGAUGGCAGAGUGCUCGAGACACUACCAGAGGCAGUGCUUACGCCUUUGAAAGACUCCAUUGCGAGAUGUCAAGCCCGCCCGCCUGCUUCCUGGCCCAAGGAAUUGCUCGAACUCGUUAACCGCGGUGAUAUCAGCAUGAUCCUGGCCCCCGGCAAGAAGCUCGAGAAGAGCACUGUCAAUGUUCUCACACCUACGCACAAUGCCUCCUGGGACUAUCGAACCAUUUGCCAGAGUGUUGAGGAGUACAACAACACCGGCUUUGAUGAAGGAGAAGGCACUGAACGCCAGGCCGUUAUUCGUGCACUGUUCAAAGAGGAUCGUCGCCUCAACGAGGCUCAAGAGCUUCUGUCCACCCACCGAGCCCGCGUCGUCCGUCUCGAGGCUGAACCUAACUGGUCAGAGAGCGAGUAUCUCGAGCGGCAGAAGGAGCUCGUAUCCAGGAUAGCCACGGGCACCCUGGCGAUUCCCGCUGGUCGCGCGCUCUUGUACUACAGCCUACGAUAUCCGCUACUGACACAAAAGACCCAUGUAGGGGGUUUCAACCUUAACUGUAUAGUACGGCCCACCAACGUCACAGUCGGCGUGGACAAGUCACUUUUCACCGAAGAGAAAGUAUGCUGGGGCUUCUUCCACCAAGGCGUGGCGGCUGGCCUGGCCAUCUCGCCCCAAGCUAAAGGAAUCGACACUUCGUGGAUCCUUUACAACAAGCCCGGUCAAGACCUUAGCAACCGCCAUGCCGGUUUUUUGCUGGCCUUGGGCCUAAACGGACAUCUCAAAGGCAUCGCCAAAUGGGUUGCCUUCAAAUACCUAACGCCAAAACACACAAUGACCUCUGUUGGUCUUCUCCUCGGUCUUGCCGCCUCCUAUAUGGGCACUAUGGAUUCUCUCAUCACCCGUCUGCUCUCAGUUCACGUCACGCGCAUGUUGCCUCGCGGGGCUGCCGAGCUGAACCUGUCACCGCUGACCCAGACGACCGGUAUUAUGGGCAUCGGCCUCUUAUACUGCAACAGUCAGCACAGACGUAUGAGCGAGAUCAUGAUGUCCGAGAUCGAACACGUCGACGAAGAAGACGAGGAUGAGCCGUUGCGAAGCGAGUGCUACCGCUUGUCUGCCGGUUUUGCCCUUGGCCUCAUCAACCUUGGCAAAGGCAACGAUCUCAGAGACCUCCAUGACAUGAGGCUAACCGAGAGUCUUGUCAACAUUGCCACGGCCACGAAGAAGGUCGAAAUGGUCCACGUCCUGGACCGAGCGGCUGCAGGAGCGGUAAUGGCGCUUGCGCUGAUAUUCAUGAAGUCAGAGGACCACAUCGUGGCUCGAAAGAUAGACGUGCCCGACUCUGUGGUCCAGUUCGACUACAUCCGCCCCGAUAUCCUACUCUUGCGAACCCUCGCAAAGAACUUGAUCAUGUGGAACAAGAUCGAGCCUACCUUUGAAUGGAUCUUGGACAGCCUACCCAAGCCAUACCGCGUCCGCCACAAGCUAGUCAACACCAACAAGCUGAAGAGCACCGACUUGCCGUUCUUCAGCAUCAUCACGGGUCUCUGCUUCUCCAUCGCGCUGCGCUAUGCAGGCAGCGCGUCGACAAGGGUUCGCGACCUCCUGAUACACUAUCUCGACAACUUUAUCCGCAUCUCCCGCAUACCGGCUACCUUGCGGCCUCCGCCUAACGAUUACCCAAUGUACGACGAAGAGCUUGCUCGCUCAAAUGCUCGCAUGUGUCAGGACGUUCUCGCGCUGUCAGCCGCCAUCGUCAUGGCAGGAACCGGCGACCUCGUCGUCCUCCGACGCCUGCGUCUCCUGCAUGGCCGAGAUGAUCCCGAUACCCCCUAUGGCUCCCACCUCGCCGCGCACCUCGCCAUCGGCUCACUCUUCCUCGGCUGCGGAACAGCAACCUUUGGCACCAGCAACAUGGCCAUCGCCAGUCUCCUCAUCUCCUUUUACCCCGUGUUCCCUACGUCUGUCAUGGACAACCGAGCUCACCUCCAAGCAUUCCGCCAUUUCUGGGUGCUGGCUACCGACCCGCGAUGUCUCGUUGCAAAGGACGUGGCGACGGGCCAGCCGAUCACGGCGCCCAUUGAGAUUCGCAGGAAGAAACAGCCAAACGAGCCGCGGAGCUCGGAGGCGGAGACUGUUAUUCGGCAAACGCCCUGUUUGCUCCCGCCGCUGUCAGAAAUCGCUAGCAUCAGGACGAACGCGGGGCCCGCAUUCUGGGAUCUCGAGCUCAACUUCGAAAAGGACCAAUCCCUUGCGGAGGCCUUUGGCAAGAAUCAAAGUCUUUACCUCCGCCGCCGCCCGGCGCAGGAGAAGCCGUUUUUGUCGACGCUCCGCGCCCUCGGCCGGGAUGCGCUCGCGGACGUGACGGACAACGGCAAACGCGACCCGCUGGAGUGGUUAUUUGGGCUCGACGCCCUGCGCGAUCUCACGUACGCGGAACGAGCCAUUGUCCUCGACCGCAGCGCGAGCUCAGAAGGCGCGGGCAGCGAGAGCUCAGGUUCUUCCGUGGACGCCCGGCUCGUGUUGGAGAGGAGCGUCGACGGCGCUUCGCGGGAGAGACUGCUAGGACUCAAGCUGCUGUUCGAGUGGGCUGAUCGCCGAGCCCAGGUUGUGGCCAAGGGCAAGAGCGCAGACGGAGGGAAAGAUGACAAGAACCAGGAGUGGUGGAUGCGGGAUAGCGUCGUUGAACAACUCAAGGGCCGCGUGUUCCUUGCCGGCCGUGACGAGAUGCAGACCCAGCAGAGUCUUGGGUAG